UCCCUCCCUUUGCCCCUUCCCUGUGCAGUCUCCCUCCACCACCAGCGCUGCUCUCUGCCGAGCCUCUGCCCACUCCUGGCAAACCCUGCAGGACCAGAGUGUCAGCCAGCAGCAUGGAUACAAAAUGCACAAAGUGUGGCCCAGGUUACCCAACCCCUCUGGAAGCCAUGAAAGGACCUCGAGAGGAGAUUAUCUACCUGCCCUGCAUUUACAGAAACACAGGCACAGAGGCCCCGGAUUAUUUGGCUACUGUGGAUGUUGACCCCAAGUCCCCCCAGUAUAGCCAGGUCAUCCACAGGCUGCCCAUGCCCCACCUGAAGGACGAGCUGCACCACUCAGGGUGGAACACCUGCAGCAGCUGCUUUGGGGACAGCACGAAGUCACGCAACAAGCUCAUCCUGCCCAGUCUCAUCUCCUCCCGCAUCUAUGUGGUGGACAUAGGCUCUGUGCCUCGUGCCCCAAAGCUGCAUAAGGUCAUCGAACCCAGUGAAAUCCAUGCCAAGUGCGGCCUGGGCAAUCUGCACACCAGCCACUGCCUGGCCAGCGGGGAGGUGAUGAUCAGCUCCUUGGGGGACCCCCAGGGUAAUGCCAAAGGGGGGUUCGUACUGCUGGAUGGAGAGACGUUUGAGGUGAAAGGGACAUGGGAGAAGCCUGGGGGUGCCGCGCCAAUGGGCUAUGACUUCUGGUACCAGCCUCGACACAAUGUCAUGGUCAGCACUGAAUGGGCAGCUCCCAAUGUCUUCAAAGAUGGCUUCAACCCUGCUCACGUGGAAGCCGGGCUGUAUGGGAGCUGCAUACAUGUGUGGGACUGGCAGCGUCAUGAGAUUAUCCAGACCCUGCAGAUGAAGGACGGGCUCAUCCCCCUGGAGAUCCGUUUCCUGCACAACCCGGCUGCCACCCAGGGCUUCGUAGGCUGUGCCCUCAGCUCCAACAUCCAGCGCUUCUACAAGAAUGAGAGAGGCACCUGGUCAGUGGAGAAGGUGAUCCAAGUGUCCUCCAAGAAGGUGAAAGGCUGGAUGCUCCCCGAAAUGCCAGGUUUGAUCACGGACAUCCUGCUGUCGCUGGAUGACCGCUUUCUCUACUUCAGCAACUGGGUGCACGGGGACAUCCGGCAAUAUGACAUCUCUAACCCACAGAAGCCCCGCCUCGUUGGGCAGAUCUUCAUCGGGGGCAGCAUUGUCAAAGGAGGCCCUGUGCAAGUGCUGGAGGACCCAGAGUUAAAGUGUCAGCCGGAGCCUCUAGUGAUCAAGGGAAAACGAAUUCCCGGAGGCCCUCAGAUGAUCCAGCUCAGCUUGGAUGGGAGACGUCUUUAUGUCACCACGUCGCUGUACAGUGCCUGGGACAAGCAGUUUUACCCCGAUCUCCCCAGGGAAGGCUCGGUCAUGCUGCAGAUCGAUGUAGACACGGUACAUGGAGGGCUGAAGCUGAACCCCAACUUUCUGGUGGACUUUGGGAGGGAGCCCCUUGGACCAGCGCUGGCUCAUGAGCUUCGCUACCCAGGGGGUGACUGCACUUCGGACAUCUGGCUCUAAAUGCCCCCAAAGCCCGU